CGUGGUGGUGAACCAAGAAGGAAAAACACACCGAAACAGCGCUUUCCAACGCCUCCCCCUUUUCUCCUCGUUUCCAGCCGUGGUGAAAAGACGAGUUUGAACAGCAUUUUUUUUCUUUUCUUGACGAGAAUUUAGUUGUUUGUUCCCCCUCUUCUCAGACAUAGAUAGAUAGAGAGAGAGAGAAAAGGAGAGAUGUGCAUCUGAAAACUUCGGACUGAUGAAAACGAGCACUUAACGUGGGGAGCAAUGGACAGACAGCCCGUUUACUGAAAAAGAGGCGGAAAAUAAUCGAUGUGAGUGCUUGCAGGGAGUGUUUUUGUCUGUUUUUUAAAAAGUCUUUCACCGGUUGUGAGUCGCAGAGGAGCAGAGGGAGAAAGAAAGGAGUGGACGCGAGCUGGACAGGGAGGAAUGCUAUGGGCCAGACCCCAGCCCAGUGAGCUCCCCUUGCAUGGAAACCCUCCUUCGUUGGCAGCCUCCUCCUCUCCCUAAAGCUAGCGGCCAGCAUGGCAGGAUGAGCCUCUGCCAGCGAUGAUGAUGGCCAAAAAGCAAGAUGUCCGGGCACCCACCUACAACCUGGUCGUGGUUGGGCUGUCCGGCACGGAGAAGGAGAAAGGCCAGUGUGGUGUGGGCAAGUCCUGCCUGUGUAACCGCUUUGUCCGGCCAAGUGCAGAUGACUUCUACCUAGACCACACCUCCGUUCUCAGCACCAGUGACUUUGGAGGCCGUGUGGUGAACAAUGACCACUUCCUGUUCUGGGGUGAGGCUGGGCGGACGAUGGAGGAGGGGCCAGAAUGCCGUAUGAAUGUGGUGGAGCAGACGGAGUUCAUUGAUGAUCAGACGUUCCAGCCACACCGAAGCACGGCACUCCAGCCUUACAUCAAGAGGGCAGCUUCCACCAAGCUAGCUUCAGCUGAGAAACUGAUGUACUUUUGCACAGAUCAGCUGGGGCUGGAGCAGGACUUUGAGCAGAAACAGAUGCCUGAAGGCAAGCUUAUGGUGGAUGGCUUCUUACUCUGUGUGGAUGUUAGCAGGGGUAUGAACCGUAGCUUUGAGGACCAGAUGAAGUUUGUCACCAACCUGUACAACCAGCUAGCCAAAACGAAGAAACCUGUGGUACUGGUUCUUACCAAAUGUGAUGAAGGAGUUGAGCGCUAUAUUAAAGACUCACACACCUUUGCCCUCGCCAAGAAGAACCUACAGGUGGUAGAAACAUCAGCACGCUCUAAUGUCAAUGUUGACCUAGCUUUUCUUACACUGGUUCAGCUAAUAGACAAGGGUAGGGGAAAGCCCAAAAUUAUCCCUUACUUUGAGGCACUGAAACAGCAGAGUCAACAAAUUGCCUCAGCCAAAGACCGCUAUGAGUGGCUGGUCAACCGCAUCGUGAAGAACCACAAUGAGACAUGGCCCACUGUCAGUCGCCGCAUGCAGUCUGCCCCUGAGUACAAGGACUAUGUUUUCCUUGAGGGGACAGCUAAAGCCAAGAAGCUUUUCCAGCAGCAUGUGCACAGACUUAAACAAGAGCAUAUAGAGAAACGCAGGAAGGCCUAUCUAACUACUCUACCACAGGCCCUGUCUUCACUGUUACCAGAGUUGGAUGAGAUAGAUCACCUGAGCUGGUCUGGAGUUCAGAAAGUCCUGGAGACAAAGAGAGAAUUCUCCCAUUGGUUUGUAGUGCUAGAUGACACCCCUUGGGAGACCACACCACACAUUGAUAACAUGGAGGAUGAUCGAAUCCCCCAGGACCUUCUGGAGACCCCUGCAGCUGAAAUUAUCUAUGAGACCCACCUGGAGCAGCUAAGGAAUGAGCGAAAACGGGCUGAGAUGAGAUGGGAGUUCAAGGAGAAGCUAAGUGUCUCUCCUUUCAUCACACCAGGGAAACCCUGGGAGGAAGCCCGAAGCUUCAUCAUGAAUGAAGACUUCUACCAGUGGCUGGAUGAGGCUGAAUAUCUGGAUAUCUACAACAAACACCAGAAGGAAAUAAUUGACAGAGCCAAAGAGGACUUUCAGGAACUGCUUCUUGAAUACUCUGAGCUCUUUUAUGAGCUAGAAGUGGAUGCAAAGCCAAGUAAAGAGAAAAUGGGAGCCAUUCAGGAGGUGUUGGGGGAGGAGCAAAGGUUUAAAGCCCUGCAGAAGCUGCAGGCAGAAAGGGAUGCUCUGGUAUUGAAACAUAUCCACUUUGUCUACCACCCCACAAAGGACACUUGUCCCAACAGUCCCCACUGUGUGGACAGUAAGAUAGAGCAGAUACUGGCCUCCAGAUUCCCUACUCGCUACCCCUCAUCAGACAGUUCAAGACUGGAUGGGGGAAGGGCUGAACGGAUAAAUCUUGUCAUCCUAGGGAAAGAUGGGUUAGCCAGAGAAAUGGCAAAUGAGAUAAGGGCCUUGUGCACCAGUGAUGACCGGUACGUGUUAGAUGGCAAGAUGUAUGAGUUAACCCUUCGUCCUAUUGAGGGCAACGUACGUCUGCCAGUCAAUUCCUUCCACACACCAACCUUCACACCCCACGGUUGCCUGUGUUUGUACAACUCAAAGGAAUCCCUCUCGUAUGUUGUCGAGAGUAUAGAGAAGCUUAGGGAGUCAACUAUAAACAGAAGGGAAAGGGAAAACAGCUUAUCCCAACUCCCGCUGUCCCUCCUUCUGGUCACCAAGCGGGGGGUGGGGUCCAUAGGAGAUAUUGGGGGGGAGACGGCUCAGACUCUUAUCCAACAAGGGCAGCAGGUGUCUGGAAAGCUUCAGUGUGCAUACCUAGACCCUGCCUCUCCAGGUAUGGGUUACACUCGCAAUGUCAGUGAGAAGCAGAUCAACCAGAUGCUGAAGGCACUCUUAGAAUCACGGAGAAGCGUAGGGAGCAGCUCCCCUCCCUUGCCCCCUCCAUCCUCUGCCUUCAGGGACUCUCAGUCCCAGCCAGUGCUGGAGGCAGACCUGAGGAUAGUCAUGUGCCUGAUGUGCGGAGACACGUAUGACCUAGACCAGCUCCUCGCUCCCUUCCUGUUGCCCCAGCAUUGUCGUCCUGCCUCUACUCUCAGCAGUGGCACCUCCGUUCUGCUGGAUCUCAGUAUAGGAGGUCAGAGGCAGAAUAUUGAGCUGUCAAUACUCUCUUUCCAUUCCUCAUUCUCCCUCCGUAAGACCAGGCUGGUCCACGGCUACAUCGCAGUUUACUCUGCACGCCGCAAGGCCUCUAUGGAGACAUUAUGUGCUUUCCUGUGUGAGGUCCAAGACAUCAUCCCAGUCCAGUUGCUAGCAGUAGGGGAAAGCCAGAUGGAGCUGUCAGACUCAGAGUCAGCUAAGGAGCAGGUCAGUCAGGGAGAUGAACUGGCCCAUGAAAUAGAGGCCAGGUUUAACACAGUAAUAUGUGGACAUGGUGGGGUAGUAGGGGGACUUCAUAAGAUAGAUCUUUUCCAACCCUUCCUCAAAGAGGUGGUAGAGAAGCGCACUAUUGUUGAGGCCACACACAUGUAUGAUCAUGUGGCUGAGGCAUGUACCAAUGAGAGUAUCAGCCCUCGUUGUGGCUCUCCUAGUCCAGUUAACAUUCUUAUGGACUCAGAGGACGAUAUCGACCCAUCACCUCCUUAUCCUACCCUGAGGGAGGAUAGUAGUCUCAGUUCUCACCUUGGAAGCUUCAAGUUGCCAGAUCUGGAUUCAAGUGAUACUUUUUCUGUCAUUUCUGAGCUUAGCACCUUUGAGAGCAAACUUAACAACAAGGUUCCUCCUCAAGUGAAGCCCAAGCCUGUACGUAAAGUUAAUCUCAGCCCCUACAUGGACCAGCAAGGUGGCACCAACCGCCGCUCCUUGCCCCAAGCUGUCACCUGGGCUCCAGGUAGCGAUGGUGGCUAUGACCCCUCAGACUACGCAGAGCCCAUGGAUGCUGUGAGCAAACCUCGACCCACAGAAGAGGAGAAUAUUUACUCUGUCCCUCAUGACAGCACACAGGGAAAGAUUAUCACUAUCCGCAACGCCAACAAAGGUCACUCCAACGGGAGCGCUGGGGGGAACGGGUCAGACAGUGAGGCUGAUAGCAGCUCACUCGAGCGCAGGAGAAAGUUGUCCGCCAUUGGGGUAAAGCCUAAGCUUUACAGAGACAGAUCCAAACGGCUUGGCAAGUUCAGCAGUUUUAGGACAAGCUUCUCUAUAGGCAGUGAUGAUGAGAUGGGGGGUCCACCCAAGGCUAGCCAGGAUGAGGGAGGAGCCCAAAAGGACAACUCCAUUGAAGAGAGUGAGGACCCCAAAAGGAGGAAUAUCCUCAAGAGCCUGCGCAGAAAUACGAAGAAACCACGAGCGAAACCGAGGCAUUCCAUCUCCAAACCCAAUGAAAGCAACUACUUCGGCAUGCCACUGGCCACCGUGGUCACCCCUGAGAGGCCAAUCCCAGUCUUCAUUGAGAAGUGCAUCCGUUUCAUUGAAACGACAGGCUUGAGCACAGAGGGCAUCUACAGGGUCAGCGGGAACAAGGCAGAGAUGGAGAGCAUGCAGCGCCAAUUUGACCAAGACCACAACCUGGACCUGGUGGAGAAAGACUUCACCAUCAACACAGUAGCAGGAGCCAUGAAGGCCUUCUUCUCAGAGCUCCCGGAGCCUCUGGUGCCCUACAGCAUGCAGGGAGAGCUGGUGGAGGCCUUCAAGAUCAACGAUAGGGAGCAGCGCUUCCAGACGAUGAAGGACAUUCUGCGCCGCUUCCCCAAGGAGAAUUACGAGGUCUUCAAAUAUGUCAUCAGCCACUUGAACAAGGUGAGUCAGAACAACAAGGUAAACCUGAUGACCAGUGAGAACCUGUCCAUCUGUUUCUGGCCCACACUGAUGAGACCAGACUUCACCACCAUGGACGCUCUGACUGCCACCCGCACCUACCAGACAAUCAUCGAGAGCUUCAUCCACCAGUGCGCGUACUUCUUCUACAAUCAGCCUCUGGCAGACGGCCUCCCCGGCUCCCCCACCUCUACGCUCUCCUCUGGGGGAGGAACCUCCGCCUACUCCUGCAUGGCUGGAGGCUACUCAUCCUCACCGACUCCGUCCCCGACUCCCUACGUCCUCCCCGCCACCCCUCCUGUCAUUCCACACUAUGGGCCUCCUAUCCACCACCACCACCACCACCAACACCACCAACACCACCAACACCACCAACACCAUCAACACCAACAUCAGUCCCCACCCCACUCCCCACCUCCUACUCCCCAGUCCCCAAUCCCAGCCCUGCUGCCGCCCUCUCUGCAUCCUCAUCACCCCCCUACGGAACAACACACGCUGUGAACCAGGGAUCAAGGGAAAGAGAAGAAGGAAAAAAACAAGGAAGAUAACAAGAUUCAGAAAGGUUUAAGGGUUCAGAAGUAGAGAUCUUGAAGUUUGGGAAGGGACUAAAGAAGAAAAAUUGAAAUGAGAACAGGAGGUAGGAGGAGAAGAUGGGAGAGAAUGAGUGAGCCGCAGUAUGUACAGGGAGAAAAACCUACAUGUUUGGGAGAAGAAGGGGGUGUUUGAGCCUCCGUUGCUUUUAGAAUAAUGGACACAGACACACACAAGACAGAAAAGGGGAACACUGAUGAGCCUCUGAACUGGCAGUAUGAUCUUUUUCCCUCCUCCCCACUUUAUCCCUUUGUCUCUCAGUCUCACUUCAUCUAGACCUGCCCUCCUUGCCUUAUAGAGAACCUACACACAAACACACUAAUGAAGAGUGAGAUGUUGCCAGUAACUGUUAAAGGGACUCAGGGAGGGACUCUGAAGUCAAGUGCAGGGGGAAUGUGAACUCUGAUAUGUUGGGAUUGCCUCACACACACACACGAACAGCCACACACUUGACACAAACAUCCAGUGGCCAUUGUGCCUCCGACAACCAUUCUCCUCAAUCCCUUAGCCUCUAACUGUGCUGGGAAUUUUGUUGGCCGGCAAACUUUUUUUUUUUGCAAACGGACCUACCUGCUGUACCUACCUGGAGGCCGUGGCUGGGACAAAGUGGAGGCAGAGAGCGAGUCCUGAACACGUUUGUUUAUUUCACCACUGUACGGAGAGGACUUAAAUAAGAAACACGUGUUGCUACUCACCCAACAGGAUGUUCUGUCCUCCGCAACUCACACAUUCCUAUCUGUCAACCACACACACACACACACACACACACACACACACACACACACUCAGACAAAAUCAGUUUCAGUCGACACAGUAUGCCAAGCACAGAAAACAAAAAUCUCAACUGACUGGAUCUUGCUGGGCAGCAAAUUGGAGCAAAGGAUUAUGGGUGCCCUCAAACCCUUGGCUCCACCCAUCUCUCUCGGUUUGAACUUUGACCUCAUGCCCUGUCCUUGUAAACAAACAAAGCAAGCAGCUUAAAAAGUAGAUUUGCUUUUUUUUAAAUUGGUCUAAAUCUUGAUUCUACAUUCACAUUCCCAUCGUGUUUUUCUGUUAUGUUCUUCAUUUGAGAAAACACACAGACCCGAGCCUAUCUGUCAAUGAAUGGACUUGUGUGUAAGUGUCUGGCUGGCUGACUAUCUGUCUGUCUGCACCUGUAUCCAUGCCUUUUUGUUUUACCUGAAUUUACCUGUAUAAGGCAGAUAGUGGGAAUAAUUCCAGUGUUGGACCUUCACCUGUCAUGUUGCUUCACUCACGCUGUGGUGGUUUUAAAAGUGAGUCAGUGCUGCAGUUUUCAUAGUAAGGACCUUGUUCAAAAAGCACUUUUCUGAGCACUUUGAAGGCACAUUUUAAAUUGGAGCUGCCAUGACAUGACAGCCACAGUUCACUUUAUUGUCAGUCCACCCUACCCUCUUUCUCUCUCUGUCUCUCUCUCUGGGAGCACACCACUGACAUCUAGAGGAAGAAAUUAAUAUUGCAGCCAUAACCUCACUUCCACUACUGCAUGGGCGUAGCACCAUUUUCCUACUGUGGUUUUUGUAGCGUCAGAUUCUCUUAUAGGCGCAAUUGUCGAGAUUCAUCUUCGUUGUAUGUCUGAUGAAAGUAAUUUAGAGCUCAUGACGUGUAAGAGUGUAAAUAAAAGAAAAAAAAACUGCAGUUUUAAAUUUGGUACACAUCAGCUGAGAUUACAUAGAUCCAGGCUCUGUUGCCACAAAGCAUGUGGCCACAUUGCAGUUGGUUAGACAUGCAGUGAAUGAAAUUGCCUCUCUGUCUUUUGUUAUUAGUUUUCACUUCCCUGUGUGCACCAAAACACCCAGCCAUUUGUAAAGAAGUGCAUACCACCUCCAAGAUGAGGAAAUGAUGACUUACAUGAUUGUGGCACAAUGUAGCAUUACAGACCAGAAAGUAAGAGCUAGGAAUUAGGCUCAAGCCUUGACAGGUGGGAGGCUUUGGCUUAUGGUUGGAAAUAAUUGGCAACCACCACUCCAGGCCUCAGCAUGCUGUCCUCUUAGGACACAGUGUUAUGCCUCUGGAAAGGAGACUCAAACCUGCUCUCAGUGGACUCGAAAUAUAAUUUGCAAGAGUGUAACCACUACACCAGAUUCCCCCCUAGUCAUUCCCUGUCCAAGAGAGACAGUUGGGUCUGGGAGAGACAGCAGACAGAACAGACAGUCCAUUCAUCCGUCUGCAUGACUGGAAUGGAGCAUCACAGAAUUCCUCGGCCCGGCCUGCUGUUACCAUAGAAACCAGCGAGAUGGGACUCGAAGAGAAUUGCUGAGCCCUGAUCGAAGCUUUUUAAAGUGUGUGUGUGUGCACGCAUACGUGUCUCUGUGUUUGUGUGAGCUGGAGAAAGAGUGUGCGCUUGUAAACUUACGUGUGUUAACGCUAAGCAGAUGCUCGCCAAGGUCACUUAUUCUGUUUGACACUAAAUUGCAUCUCUGCAUGUCUCCCUAGAUUGCCCUCUCUGCCCAAAAGGAAAGAAAAAAACCUUUUAACCAAUCACUGAACUCUUAAAGGAGCUUUUAUCAGUCUACACUACCUAUUUACCUUAUGUGCGGGUGUAUUUGUGUGUUUGUGUGUGUGCUAUAGAGUUAUUAAGAGCGAAUGUUUGGGUGGGUUUGAGCUAACAUGCUAGCAAGCGGUGCUUGGCAGGCGGCCAGACACCAGCGUGAUCCAAACAAACGUGAAGGAGAGGAAUGCAGUUCUCCUUGCGGUCAUUACCCCUCUGUGUAACCCUGUUAGCUCGUCCAGAUUACACACACUGAUCCUCAGAGAAAGUGUGAGAGAGAUGAGAUGGGGGAGAGUGAGAGGGAGGGAAGACAGACAGACAGCAAAUGGGUGAAUGGGAUCAUUAUUUGGGAGACGGAGGGAGGAAGGAGGGGUACCACUGGUACUUGUGUGUGUGAACGUCGGCCAGUGGCGUUCCCUGUGUAUAUCAAUGUGUUAAUACUGAACUGACUGUGAGGCAGCCAAAGACUGUGGAAAAAAGGGUCGAGGUAAAGAUGGGAAGCAAAGUGACAGUUUAGAAGAACAAUUGAAUUAAAAAUGUGACUUUGGUUCAGCGGUAAUAUGUGGCUGCAUUGCUUUUCUUUUUUUUUUUUUUCUUUUUUUUUUUGCAACAAUGGUGACAGAUGUCUGUUAAGUUAAAAUGAGAAACAAGCAAAACUAUAUUCAAAUGGUUGUUUAUUGGUAUGUUAGGGGUCUAACACUUUGCCCUUUAGUCAGUGGUGAUAGAAAAAAAAAGUUUCUUUUUAUGUUUUAUUUUAAUAAUUAAAAAAUACAAAGCAUUUUUUUUUUUUUUUAACAAUUUCUUUGUGAACGACUGAGAGACCAGCCCAGUAUAGUGCAUGAUUUCUUCCCGAUCAAGGAAGAGGGCUCCACCACUCUCAUUAUUUAAAGAGAUGAUAAAAAAAAAAAAUAUUAAGAAAUGAUGGGGCGGGGGGGAGAAAAUAUUAAAAAAAAUAAUAAAUGAAGUACUGUAAACUGAAAAGAUAACAUCAAACAAAAAAACUGUCAUUAUUUGCUGAGUAUGGUAAUUUGUCUAAAUGGGAAUGGUGUAUACAGCAAGGCCUUAUGUGAUCUGUAUCAUAGUUAAUAAAUCAAAU